AUGGAGGAAGCUCUUGCGAAUCAGCUGCAAUCUAGCCUCCUGCCUCUCCUGCAAGGCCAAAUGAACACUCUCUUCCAAGCACUAGACCCCGCUGGUUUACGAAAUCAACCAAGGCCAAAGCUUAGUCUCGUCUUGCAGACCCAAGCAGAACUCGAUGACAGCUUGGAUCAAAUCACAUAUCUCACUGCCACCUUAUGUCCAGACCUUGCAACUCAACCACAUCGAACGGAUGACCAUGGUCUUAAACGAUUCAAAUCCUGCAGACUCUACCGGCUGAAAGCCAACGUCGAAUUAGUGUUACCCUGGCGAAUGUGUGAAAUAUUUGAGGCGGCCGAUAAGCUCAUCCAAAAGAUGGAGCUUUCAUCAGCACCAUCCAUCCCCGGUUCGCCAGAGAUAGAGUCUCUUGAUAAAUCUUUACAUGUGGCCGUUUUGGGUGCCUUGGAUACGAUCAAGACAAUGGCCAACUGUUUACAAGCAUCUGAACUGGUGAUCGCUCAAGAUUUAUGGAAAAGUAGUAGACUUGCCAUAGAAAAUCAACUACAGUCUAUCAUUGAGAACCUCAAUCUGUCAAUGAUCAAUCGACUGAAUCUCGAACAAGCUUUGAAGGAAAAAUUCCUCGGUCAAUCAGUCAUUCAACUAGCCAAGUUAACAUUACCAAUCUUCAAACUAUCCAAGAUCUUCUUCAGCAAGGUAUCUAAGCGAGGUUUAGCUCAAGAACGACUGCCGAUUCACACGGAGAUCAGUUCGCAACAAGUCGACAUUCUAGCCGUAUCUGCUGAUCUUGUGGCCGAAGAUCUUCAGCAACUUAAGAUCCUUUUAGAGUCAGCUAAUCAACGUACCGGAGAGGCUACAAGUGCCAAAUUCAUCAAAAUAGCCAAAUCGCUUCAAACUGGCUUUGAGACCCCUUUGUUUCUGAUACUUAUGUACUUUAUCCCUUUGAUUCCUGAUACCGAUGGUCUUCAUCGUCAAAAAUAUUAUCAGAAUUGUUUUGUUCACAAGCACUCGGACACAAAAUCAGUGUUGUUUCAAUUUGAAAGACGUAGCUGGAACUGCAUGGAGUCUGAAUUAGGCCCCUUGACUUUCACUUGCACUUGGCAACAUCUGUGUUCCUUUCCUGUUGCCACAAAUGGAAAACUAAUUGAUUAA